AUGGACAACUCACGCAAACGUCGCUCGUCCAAUCCCUCCCUCGCCAAUUGCCAACCAACAAAGAGAUACAAGGUCGAUUCUAUUCACAAUGCUUUCACAAAAGAGCAACACGCAGUGAUUGAGAACACAGCAUCAUUCUUUCAGAUUCAUACAUCUGACCUUGCAGCGGCCAUAGGUUCUUUACGACGAUCCUCGGUAGCUCCUUCAUACCAACAUAGACCAAGCCAUCCAGAAUAUAUCCAACAGCCACUUUCAUACUUUUCGUCGACUUCCGAAGAUUCAUUUAGUUCUCAAGCAGCCAUGGGUAACGAGUGGGAGUCUAGCAGCAGCUCCUCACGAGAUAGGAAUUUUGGAUUCAAUGUGCCGGUUACCACGUGGUCGACCUGUUUCUCAAAUAUGCUUGCUGACGAUGAUUCAUUUGUGCCAUCUACUACUCGUCAAAUGACGUACACCGGAACUGAGAGCACACCACAGUCAACAAAUAGAUUCACACCCGCAAUACCUUCACAAGCCCCACUGCUAUCCAAUCGUGCAAGCACCUCAUCUGAUCACUCAGCUUAUGCCGACACAAGUUAUGACCCCGGAAAUCAAGAACCAGAAGAUAACUCACUAUGCUCGUCGAUUUUUGCUUGCGAUGCUCCUUUCCGCAUCUCUUCAUCGUGGCAACCUUCCCACAACAAUCUCUCUAAGCCACCAGUUCCACAGCCGAGAAUGACAUACGCUCAGCAGUUGGACCCGAACCUGUCCAACUACGACUUUUCGCCCUCAGAAUCGGGACCAUUGAUACCAGUGGGCCUCACUGAUACACAGCAAACUGCUCUUCAGAAGACAUCGGUUUCCUACGAAGAAUGCCCUCUGAUUGACUUUAAUAUUGAUGAUGAUUCGAGUCGACCCAAACGUGGACCCUUCAAAAACCCCGCAGAGAAGGCGCAAACGGCACAGACCAGGAAAGACAAUGCCUGCGUUCGAUGCAAGAUGCAGCGGACAAGAUGUAUCCCUGACCCUUUCGAUCCACGCGGUGUCUGCCUCACCUGCAAGAAAGUUGCGAACACACGAGUAGUCAACCUCCCUUGCCUCCGGUAUAAGAUCCCAGAUGCCGCGCUGUUUAGGGAGGGCUAUGUUCCAGGCUUGGAAUGGAGUAGGCGAUGGGAUGCGAUGGAAAUGAACGAUAUUUCCACGUGGAGCGAUCCCAAAAUCAAGCUUAUUCAAGUCACCCAAGGCUAUUCUCCGAAUCCCGUUGUGCUCAGAGUUCGAAAGUUCAUUCCCGUCCCUGGAGAUAAGCUGUCAAGGAAAUGGGUUCAUGCAGGCAAACUUGAAGAGGCGGUUGUUCCUCCGUUCGCUAUCGAAAAUAUGAAGGAGGCAGAGAGGACCUACCGAGACUACAUCGCCAAGGAGGGGAUACACUUUUUCCUGAGUACAUUGGAUCGGAAAGAUGCUUUGAUCUUUGAUACUUACACCAUGGCAAUCCAAGCCUCCAAAAGUCACAUGAGUGAACAAGAGCGUGUACUCCUGAACAUGGUCCUCCGUCUGUGGGUUGUCGCACGCAUGACUUGCAGAUCGGAAACAAUUGUCGGAAGUGAACAUCUUGAUAUGCCUCCUGAUCUAAUGGGCCCUACAAGUCCACUGUGCGGCCAAACUCCCAUUCCUCCAGUUAUGGGUCGUCAAAUAGAGGUCAUUUUGAUUCAAGGUAUCAUGAAGCCUCUCAGGACAAUGAUACUUGAACACUUGCAAAAGCUCAUAUUGGCACACAAGCCACAAAACUGGUUUUGCAUUUACCUCUGCAUCUUCAUAUUGCUCCACAGCGCAUCUUUGAUCACGAAAACGGACAUUGAAUACGCUAAAAAGCAUGGCCUGACAAGGAAAUUCGCGAUGCCUGCAAUGGUCGAGGAGCUUCAUAUGGGGGUGAAUGUUCUUCUUGCAUACUAUCACUACGCCUGCCGGGGUCAACGUCCUUUCUCACUGGAGUGGGAUGCUAAUGAUGCAGUUUCCAUGGCAAUUUUGGACGAUGACCAAGUGAAGUUCCUCAAAAGGACGGCUGUUCAUGUUCAAGCCAACGCAUCCAAGCAUCGAGAGAUACGGCAGCCGUCCUCGUGCGACCAUCCACAUCACUUCAUUUCUCAACUUUAUGAGCAGGAUUGGGAGCCACGUAGUAGUACACGCGAAUGA